AUGGUCUUCUGGGGAACACAUGCCCAAAGGGGAGUUACUGUCCUAUGGGCUCUGCCUUUCCGCAGCCGUGUCGUCCUGGUUAUUACAGCAACUCAACUGCGAAUACUGGGAUCAAGGACUGUCUCCUAUGUGAUGCAGGGUAUUUCUGUGAUGGGACUGGACUUGUUUCUCCAACUGGAUUAUGUGAGGCUGGGUUCUACUGCAGUGGAGGAACCAUUUCCCCUAAGCCUCCCAGGUAAGUGGAGGACCAUGUCCACCGGGACAUUACUGUGUGGUGGGGAGCAGCAGAGCCCAGCCGUGCCCUGCAGGGAGUUACAGCCCAUCCUGGAGCAUGGCACAGUGUUUGGAGUGCCCAGAAGGCUUUUACUGCACGUCUGCUUCCACAAACUACACAGACUGCCCUGCAGGUCACUAUUGCCCCAGGAAUACAGAAUUUGCCACACAGUAUCCCUGUCCCCCUGGAACCUACAGCGAAGCUUUAAAUAUGUGGGAUGCUUCCACGUGCCAGCUGUGUCCUCCUGGAAGGGUCUGUUCCAAGCCAGGCCUAGCAAGACCAGAUGGACUGUGCAUGCCUGGAUGGUUUUGUCCAUCUGGAUCCACAUCAAGCAAACCAGUGUUUCCUGGAAAUCACUCUGGUACAAAGGGGAAUGGUAA